ACAACAACAACAACAGCAGAAGCAACAGCAACAACAAUAGCAACAACAACUGGUGGUCGCCGCGGCAUCGUCGCCACUGCUGCCGCACGGUGAAGCAAGACAGCACCCGGUGAAGCAAUACAACAACAGCAACAACAACAGCAGAAGCAACAGCAACAACAAUAGCAACAACAACUGGUGGUCGCCGCGGCAUCGCUGCACAGUGGACCGUAUCAACUACAGACGCUAUAAGCCUUAUAAUAAGGGGCAGGUGGAUGAGCAUCUGAUGGGAGAAGGAAUCUGGCGCUAGGGGAAGGAAGGGUGAUGCCUGCGGACCUCCUCAGCCGCUCCCACGCAACCGAGGGUCUGUCUGUUCUGCUGCUGAUUCAUGGACCCAUCGGUCGUCUACAAACACAAGUGGGAACCACAGAUCCUGCCACUCGUGAGGCAGGUCGCAGUUGCUUGAGCGGACAGUACGGUGGGUCGUUUUGGAAAGGGGGUUGACCUACAACCGUUUAAGCUAAAUAAGUCAAAGGUCCAAGGCUGUCAUGUCACUGGUGGUGGUGCAAAUUGGCCAGUGUGGGAACCAGAUUGGGCAACAACUAUUUGAAGUGGUGAGCAUGGAUGGCCAGAGUGGCCGGAAUGAGAGUUACUGGAACACUUCACAGGAGCGAUUCUUCAACAGCAGCAAUGAUGGAGUACCAGUCGCUCGGGCUGUUCUGGUCGACAUGGAGCCAAAGGUCAUCAGCCACACGGUGUCUAAAGCUGCAAGCUCAGGGCGCUGGAGAUACGGAGCUCAGUCAGCCUUCUGUCAGAAACAAGGAUCUGGAAAUAAUUGGGCAAAUGGGUUCUGUGUUCAUGGUCCUCAGCACGAAGAAGCUGUGAUGGACCUGGUCCAACAGGAGGCUGAGAAAUGUGAGCGGCUCAGUGGCUUUGUGACAAUGAUGAGUCUGGCUGGAGGGACCGGCUCUGGGUUGGGUACAUUCGUCACUCAGUGCUUGCGGGAUAGGUACCCACACUCAUUGAUAAUGAAUCAACUCACGUGGCCAUAUGGAACUGGAGAGAUAAUUGUCCAGAAUUACAAUACAAUGCUGACCCUGUCUCACUUGUAUCAGUCGUCAGAUGCACUACUCAUUCAAGAGAAUGACAUUAUUCACAAGAUUUGUUCGCAGCUGAUGAAUAUAAAACAGAUCUCCUUCACAGACAUCAAUAAAGUAAUUGCUCAUCAACUUGCCAGUGUCUUGCAACCAGCAUAUACCAGAAACCAUGGGACAGAGUAUGGCUCAAAUCCACUCGGUGAUCUGCUGGAAAGUUUGGUGACACAUCCAGAGUAUAAAUUACUGGGCCUGAUGAACAUCCCACAGAUGUCUGACACAUCUUUGCAGUUCAGUACCUUUGCAUGGCCAGGGCUUCUGAAGCACCUGCGACAAAUGCUGAUGGCCAACACAAAAAUGGAAGCAGGUAUUGACUGGCGAGUGAAACCUCCCCUAUCAGGGCUCCAGCCAGCUGCAAACGUUUCUCAGAAUAAGGAGCUGCACUUCAAUACAUCUCUGGCCAACCUGCUGAUAUUGCGAGGCAAGGAUGUUCAGGAAGCUGACGCAGGCCUUCUUAAGGAGCAGGCACUGUACACCUCCUGGAUGCCUGUAGAUUCUGCCUUCAACAUAUGGAGAACACCAACAUCCUUCAAUAAGUAUGAAAAAUCAGCCACUCUUGUCAGCAACAGCCAGUGUCUCCUGAAACCUCUGGACAGUGCUGUGAAAAAAGCCUGGGACAUGUUUGCUUCAAGGGCUUAUGUGCAUCAGUACACGAAGCAUGGAAUCUCAGAAGAGGAAUUUCUGGACAGUUUCACCACCAUGGAACAGGUCAUUGCUAGUUACUCUAAUCUUGGAUUACAAAGUUGAUGAUGGUGCGAGAUGUAUACAACCAUCUGUAAAUUGUCUCUGCUCCAGGUUUGUCCAAGUUUGACGGAAAUGUUGUUCACGCCAUGUAUUAAUAAUUAAAAUCCUUGAGUUUUGGAUUGAUUUUUAUGAUGUAUUUAAAAUGUGUACAAAUAAUAUAAAGAAGAUAAUACAAAGU